AUGGGCUGCGAUGGAGGAUCUCUGCAGGCCGCGUUCAGAUAUGCGGCACGAGCUGGCCUCGCCAUGGAGGCGCAGUAUCCAUACCUUGGCAAGAAAGGCGUAUGCCAUUACAGUCAUAGUUUGGCUCGUGUAAGACCCCGACGCUGGGCGACCCUGCCCUCUGGUGACGAGGCGGCUUUGGAGCGUGCUCUGGCCACCAUCGGACCACUCGCCGUCGCGGUUAAUGCCGCCCCUAUAACUUUCCAGCUCUAUAGGUUCAUCAUUGUUUUCUUCUUUAGCCUAUUUAAGUUACCAGCUCCACGUAAAAAAUUGUCUCUUCUCAACGCUUAA